UGUAGUCGCACCAACUGACUAGUCUCUUCCAUCCUCCGGAGCUCCGACGUUCUCGGGGACAUAAACCCUGUUCUUGUCCUAACCCGCCAAGGGGCCAUGGACUUGAGCGCGCUGGCGUCGAGCAGAGAAGUACGGGGCCCUGGGCCCGGGGCUCCGGUGAACCGGCCCCUGCUACCGCUACUGCUGCUUCUGCUCUUGCUACCUCUGCCCGCCAGCGCCUGGUACAAGCACGUGGCGAGCCCUCGCUAUCACACAGUGGGUCGUGCCUCCGGGCUGCUCAUGGGGCUGCGCCGCUCGCCCUACCUGUGGCGCCGUGCCUUGGGUGGGGCCGCUGGACCGCUCGUGGGGCUCCCGGGACAGAUGGCCCGCAGCGCUCUCCUGCUUCCUUCCCCCGGGCAGGAGCUGUGGGAGGUACGAAGCAGGAGUUCACCGGCAGGACUUCCCGUGCAUGCAACCCGGAGUCUGCGGGACCUGGAGGGAGCCGGCCAACCUGAGCAGUCGCUAAGCUUUCAGUCCUGGACUUCAGCAGAGCCCGCUGCUAGAGCCUUCGGUGAGACGCUUCGUGCCCAGCCAUGGUUCCUGCAGCAAAUCAUCUUUGCCGAUCCUGUCAGGCUCGACGACCGUCUCAAGAACCGAUGGCGCCCCCGUGCUUGACCUAAGCAGGAGCACAGCUUGUAGCUCCAG